CUGUCAAAUUUGACAAUCAACGUCACCACAAUAAAGUCAUCAAAACGACUAAAACAGAUUGCACAUGCACGGUCCGCCGCAUAAAUAACAAUAAACGAUGGUGCGUGGGUCGAUGUGAACGGUCGCACAAAAUAAAAUGUCAGUGUAACGUGUCUCCGGCCAAAAAAUGUUCGCGUCGUUGAAGAACAAGAUCCGCGAGGAGACUGGCAGUGAUCUGUCGAAAUUCACUGCCAAAAUAACGUCCAGCACCGUACAGAAGAUCGACUCGCUGCGUGGUAAGUCGCAUCAGGGCUCCACGUCGAGCCUCAACUCGAUCGUGUCGUCGGACGGGCUCAGGGAAGAUGUGCCGGUCGUCGAUGCGGACGAAUUCAAGAAGAGACUGCUACGAAUCGAGGCGGAUUUCGCCAGGAAACUUGAGCACAAGGAUACCGAGUACAAAGACUUGAUCAGGGACAAGGAUAAACAGCUGCAGGCCAUCGAGAAGGAGAAGGACGAGGCCUAUAAGCAAAUAUCGAGUUUGAAGGAGUCGCUGAAGAGUUUGGAAGAGUUCAAACAAAAGAUUCUGAUGCAACAAGAAAACAAUGAACAGUUUGAAUCGUUACAAGUGCAGGAGCUGUCCAAAGUCAAGCAGCUGGUGCUGUUGAGAGAGCAAGAGCUCUCAGAGAAGAGUGGCGCUCUGAAGGAUGCCAAUGUCCAAUUAGAGAAGCUUAGGAAUGAGGUUAACAGGCUCAGAAGGCAGGAAGAGCAGCUCAGUGAUAUCCAGGACGACCUCGAGUCGUUGCGUCACUCGAGCUCGAGGGAUCUGGCCGCGUUGGCCACGCAGCUGGCCAAGAGCGAGGAGGAGAGACGGCACUUGUCCGAUUUGGUGGUGAUAUUGAGGCAGCGCGUGUCGAACGAAACGUCCGACGACGAGCACGUGGCCAAAGAGAGGAAACUGUUGGAACAGAGGCUGGAGGAGGCGCACCUUCACUUGGCCGACAUUAAGACGUCGUGGAGUGAUAAGAUCGCCUCCCUGGAGACGCAGGUGGGAAGACUGAGCAGGCAGGCGGCCGAGGAGUCGGCGGAACGCCGAAGGGCCGUUCAGGAGAAGGACGAGCUGGCCGAGAAGGUGAAGCAGCUGGAGGCGGAGCUUGAGUGCAAUCGUUUCGAUCUGAACAACAAGGAGAAUAAAAUAAAACGUCUGACCCAAGAUAUAAACGAGCUGAGCUUCGAACUUAAGAGUCUGCGUAACGAUAACGACGAAGAGAUCGCCUUCCUCCGGACCGAACUCGAAAAUGCCUCGACUGAGUUGAAGGUGGUCAAAAAGAAUUUAGAAAACAACGAAAACGAACUAGAAAAGUCCGAAGAUGAGUGUGGCAAAUUGAAGAUCUCUGUGGAGUCUGAACACUUAGCCAACAGUUCUCUUAGGCAAAUCAUCACAAAGUUGGAAAAGGAACUUGGUGAAGAGAAGUCCAACUCUUUGAACGUGCAGAAAACACUCACCAGGGUAACGACUGAGAAAAAUACGGCACUGUUACGUAACGCAGAAAUAUCACAGCAAAUGGAGCUGGUGAAGAUGAACAUGAAACGACAGGAGCAAGAAAUGACCGAUUUGUUGAAUAAACUGGGGCAGUUGGAGGAAGAGAAUGUCAAGCUUAAGGACAGCAAAACGGUCGAGAAGCAGUUACGUGACACGAUAGUGGAACUGGAGGACCAAAUAUCUGAGAAAAAUAAGAAUAUCAAAACGUUGCAACUGCGACUGGCUGACAUGAAGAAAACGCUGCAACAAGAACUGCGCACGCCCAGUAACCACGCCGAUCUGGACGCGGCGAUACUGACGCCCAGCCAAACGUCCACUAAACACCAUCCCAAGUCGUCGCGUCGCGACGAUGAGGACGUCAACUUCAAAUACCUCAAGCACGUUGUGAUCAAGUUCCUGACCAGUCGCGACUACGAGGCCCAGCAUCUAAUCAAGGCGAUAGCCACGCUGCUGAAGUUCACGGCGGAGGAGGAACGCCUGAUACAGGAGACGUUGGAGUGGAAGAAGUCGUGGUUCGGCAGCAGGCCGAAGAUGAACGGCAGUCACAAGUCGAAGAUGUUCCCGCCCAGCUGAUGGCUGAUUUAGUUGCACGCUUGGACGGGAUCGCCGAUUUAAUAGGCAGCACCAGACUGCCGUUGACCUAGGGCUGAAAGAAAGCUUGCUGAUUGAUUUAUUAAUGGUUCGAUGUGUCGUGCGUUUCUGUGUGCGGAGGCGAAAUUUGUUUUGGGUGAUUGGAAUUUGUUUUAUAUGGUUUGAUCAGGUUAAACCAAUAGAAUCGUACGUUUAAUAUUUGACAUUAACAGCUUCAGCUCACUAGUUUCGAGACAAUAUUCGUAGUAAUUUUUAAGUAGUUAAUUUUAUCACAUUUGAUUAAUUUUUUUAUUGACUAUUACAUCACGUGUUUUGAUUUUUAUAUACUAUUUAAUUAAGCCAAUAUAAAAUAAUAUUCCAUCCGAUUGGAUUUAGCUCGUCAAUUAUUUAACUUAAGCUUAAACUAUGCCAGAAAUUGUAAUCACGUAAUUAUUUUUGUAAUCAUCGUAAUUCAUUCCUUUUGAAAUAUUUAUAUCAGUAUUUGUUAGUUAAUGCGCUUUGUUUAGAUGGUUGUUUUUUUUGUUGAUUUUUUAUUAAGGCUCAUGUUAUAGUGAUAUUUUACAAUUCCAGAUUUAAGAUAAUUGUAUAUAAUGUAAAUAAAUAUUUAUAAAUUUA